CGAUUCCCCGGUGGCGGGGGCGCCCCGGGCGCGGCGGGGGCGGGACCGGACGGGCCAUGGCCUCCGCCCUCGGCCCGCGCGCCCCGCUGCCGCUCGCGCGUCUCCGCGGCGCCCGCGCUCUGGCCAUGGCGCCGCCGCGCCGCUUUGCGCUGGAGCUGCCGGGCUGCGGCCUGGCCCACUUCGCCGUCGGCGGGGACGCCCCGGGCGCGCGCCUCGACCCCCGCGUGGCCGCGCUCCUGGGCCCGCCCGGCCGCAGCUACUCGCUGUGCGUGCCCGAGGCGCCGGGCGGCGGCUGCGCGGCCCGGGUGCGGGCGGCCCGGCUGCACCAGCGCCUGCAGCACCAGCUGCGCCGCGACCCCCUGCGGCGGUGCCAGCUGCGCCGGCUGCUGUGCUACGGCCCCGGCGGCGGCGCGGGCGGCGUGCAGCGCGGCUUCCUGCUCCGCGACCCCGGCGACAGCCCCGACACCCGGCGCGCGCUCUUCUCGCUGCUCGGCGACGCCCCGGGGGGCCCGAGCCUGGGCGAGUUCGUGGGCGACGCGCACCAGCAGGUGUGGCAGAGCCUGUGGGAGCUGCGGGACGGGGCGGAGUGGCGGCAGGUGGGUCCCCGCGAGCGCGUCCUGGCCGCCCCGGAGCCCGCCCUGCACCCGGUGGUGCCUGACCUGCCCAGCUCCGGGGUCUUCCCGCACCGGGAGGCCGCCCGCGCCGUUCUGGAGGCGUGUAUACCCUUCAUUCCUGAGGCCCAAGCAGUGCUCGACCUGGUUGACCAGUUGCCGGAACAAGUCCACAAAGGGAAGUUCCCGGUCAUUGCUUUUGAAGGACUGGAUGCCACAGGUAAAACCACUGUGACCCAGUCAGUUUCAGACACACUCGGGGCUGUCCUCUUAAAGUCGCCACCUGCUUGCAUCAGCCAGUGGAGGAAAAUCUUUGAUGAUGAGCCAACUAUCAUUAGGAGAGCUUUUUAUUCUUUGGGCAAUUAUAUUGUGGCUUCUGAAAUAGCCAAAGAAUCUACAAAAUCUCCUGUGAUUAUAGACAGGUACUGGCACAGCACGGCCACCUACGCCAUUGCCACCGAGGUGACCGGGGGGCUCCAGUACCUGCCCCCGGCCCAUCACCCUGUAUACCAGUGGCCCAGGGACCUGCUCAGACCCGACCUGGUCCUGCUGCUCACAGUGAGCCCCAAGAAGAGGAUGCAGAGAAUUGAGGGCCGGGGCGUGGAGCGGACCAGAGAGGAAGCUGAACUGGAGGCCGACAGCACGUUUCGUCAAAAGGUAGAAGUGUCCUAUCAGCGGAUGGAGAACCCCGCCUGCCACGUGGUCGAUGCUAGUCCCUCGAGAGAGAAAGUCCUCCAGACGGUUUUAGGCAUAAUCCAAAAUAAUUUUAGCUAAUUGUAAUUACUCCAAAAUGUAAUUCUGCGUUUUGGCAGAUUGGAUGUUGUUUGAUACAUCUAGGCCCACGGCGGGGUACAUGGUGUUCCCAGAUUUCUGUUGCAUAACCAUGGCGUGUGCUAGAAAGCCAAAGACCAGACCAUUUUGAUUUUACCUACACCGUUAUACUCCCUUCUGACCAAAGGACGCAUCAAGGUUGAGACCGUCAACGUUCCAGCCAGAGAUCAGUGAUUGCUUUCUUCAAGUGUAACAAACGUUUUCCUGGAACGCGUUUUCAGCUACGUUCCUACCAAAUCCCUCCAAGUUCUGUCUUAUCCAGAAAGCAUGAGGUAUACAGAAAUAACCAGGAAGAUCUUCCAAAUCGGUGGAAGCCCCUCCGGCCCCUCCCAUACCUCCUCCUGGGUCACUGAUAAGACCCUGAUAUGACAUAGUUACCUCCUUCCCUAUAUGGCCUCACUCCAUCAUUGGGGGCCUCAGCCCUGAUCCUAGAGCUAAAUGCUCCUGAAGAAAGGGUCCACGUGUCCUGGCUGUCUGAGGACAACGCCCACAGGGUCGCCUUGUGGGUAGGCGACACUUACAAAGAAGACAUCUGAUUUGUGUCUCACAACCCCUGAGACGAUCCCCUCGUGGUCAGAGUCAAAUAUAGAGACUGCCAACCCAGAUGCUCUCAAUACAAAUAUACCAACCCACUUUGGAUUAUGUUCUGUUUAUUUAUGUUCCUUUCCUUUCCUCUGAAAACACGGCUUUGGAUAUAAUGAGUGUUUUGGACUAAACUAGAUGCAUUAAAACUUAGCCAAUGCAGCAAUAUAUUUAUGUUGAUAUUUACAUCAUGUUUCUGCUUGGUGGAGGGGCUAUGCUUUACUAAUUAAAAUCAAAGCCAAGAAGCUAAAGGCAGUGCUUGUUGUGUAUUUUCAUUACACAGAUUUAAUUUAUCUUGCUAAAUAAGCACAGUGGAUCCUGGAAUGGGGUUUCUUAGUAAAUUAUCUUGCACUUGAAUGUCUUAUGAUUACAUAUGAAAUCAGCUUUGAGAUCUGUUUGCUUCGGAAAAAGAAAUGGCUGAGGAAAGAGGAAAUUUAAUAGCUAUGUGGCCUUGGGUGAGUCGCUGAACAUCAAUAGCCCAUGUAACUUGAUCUGAAAAGUGAUAAUCAUCCUUUAUUUGUAUUAAGGAGUUGGCUGAACCAGGUGAUUACCUAAAAUCCCUCUGGUUCUAAGAUAGAUGAAGCUUGCAACUUGUUUUGGGGGGCAUGUCUUCUUGCCAAGACAUUUAAGUCUUAGACAAGGCCUUAUCCGGUAUAUGGGGACUUGAAUUAUAAUAAAUUUCAUAUUAAUAACUGUAUCAUACUGUCUUUCAAAAGAAUUCCAGGUAAUUUUUAUAUAUUUGCAUAUAUAACUAUGUAAUUGGUUUCUGUUGAAAAUAUUUUUUAAAACUAAUAAAUAGCAUUAGGUUUCUGUAAGAUGUGA